AUGUCCGGCCUAUCCACGCCGUCUCUGCCAUUCUACAGUGCUACUCCGAAAAAUGGUAGACGUUCGCCAUCUCCAACUCGACGGUCGACGGCUGUCUCGUCCGCAACGACAUCUACAUACUCUAAGCUUUCUCCAGAGGAAGUUGCCGGCCGCUUGACCACGUCCCUCGUACACGGUCUUUCUCCCGCCGAUGCCGAUGCCCGUCUCCUACAGCAUGGGCCUAACGAACUUCCUCAUGACGAACCCGAGCCUCUCUGGCUACGAUUUCUCAAGCAGUUUAAAGAGCCGUUGAUUCUUCUGCUCCUCGCAUCAGCUGCUAUUUCCUUCUUGAUGCAAAAUUACGACGAUGCUGUGAGCAUCACUCUCGCAGUGACAAUUGUAGUCAGCGUCGGGUUUGUACAGGAAUACCGGUCUGAGAAGUCACUAGAGGCGCUCAAUCGAUUAGUACCCCAUUUCGCCCAUUUGAUCCGUAACGUCCCAACCCAUGGUUUUGGUACUCCGCAAACCGUAGCCAAGAAGGAAGAGUAUGAAAUGGCCGAUCUUUCAAAUGGGCCAACUCACCCAGUUGGGCCGGCGGCAAAGGCAUCGACAACAGUUACGGCCUCAAACCUUGUGCCCGGUGACUUGAUCAUAUUUUCCACAGGAGACCGCAUCCCAGCUGAUGUACGAAUCACAUCUGCAGCAGGUCUUACUAUUGAUGAGUCGAAUUUAACCGGAGAGAACGAACCAGUCUGCAAGGUUUCAAAUUCACUGGGCCAGCCUCCAAAGCAAUUUCAAGAUGGCAAAAAUUCCCCAUUCUAUGAUUCGCCCGCUGCUGGAACAGUUGGCACCGACCUUCGAUUGAACGAGCAACAUAACAUUGCAUUUAUGGGAACAUUGGUCAGAUCAGGCCAUGGACAAGGCAUCGUUAUUGCGACUGGACCCAACACCGAGUUCGGAAGCAUAUCAGCUUCGCUACAAGAUAUUGAGAGCCCCAGGACACCGUUACAGCUAUCCAUGGACCGGCUUGGCCAGGAAUUAAGCUACAUGUCAUUCAUUGUGAUUGGCAUCAUUGUUGUGAUCGGGCUAAUACAAGGUCGAAAACUGCUAGAAAUGUUUACUAUCGGAGUGUCCCUUGCUGUUGCUGCGAUCCCCGAAGGUCUCCCAAUCAUUGUGACCGUGACACUUGCGCUUGGUGUCUUGAGAAUGGCCAAUCGUGGCGCAAUCGUAAGACGGCUACCUAGUGUAGAAACUCUGGGUUCUGUCAACGUUGUGUGCAGUGACAAAACCGGCACAUUAACUUUGAACCAUAUGACUGUGACCAAAAUGUGGCAUUACGAUAUUGAAGAACCAUUUGAGGUAACCAAGGAACACAACGUACUUAACCUUACCCCUGCCGCUCGAACAAUCAUGCGGGUUGGGAACAUUGCGAACAAUAGCAGACUAUCAAGAGCUCAUGCAAAUUCUCCAGCAACUGCAGCCGAGGCUGCAGUCUUAUCUUCCACGAUGGAUAGUUCAUCGGGGGCCGUAAAAAGCCGCUGGGUUGGCCAGCCUACCGAUGUUGCCAUUCUUGACAUGCUGGAUAUGCUUGGUGAAGACGAUGCUCGGGACGUUAUUAGUGGCCGCAUUUCAGAGACUCCAUUUAGCUCGGAACGAAAAUGGAUGGGAGUUAUCGUUGCAAGUGCAAACUCAACAGAUAAUACUCUCAGUCACAGCGGCUCGGACAUGGCAUAUAUCAAAGGUGCCUUGGAAGAGGUUUUAAAAAGAUGUGAUACCUACCUUACCAAGGACGGAAGAGAGGUUAUUUUAGAUGAACAGCGGAGGAAGGCUGCUAAAACAGCUGCCGAGUCAAUGGCUCAGGAAGGUCUUCGGGUGCUUGGCUUUGCCAGUGGGCCAAUCAGAAGCCAGACUGCUGCUUCGAAGCAUACAAGUAAUGAUGAAAAGCGCUACACAGGGCUCAUAUUCUCGGGCCUAGUUGGCAUGAAUGACCCGCCAAGAAAAGAUGUUCACAAGUCCAUCCGACGGCUCAUGGCCGGAGGAGUGAAGGUUAUUAUGAUAACCGGUGACGCAGAGACCACAGCUCUUGCUAUUGCAAAGAAGCUUGGGAUGCCAAUAAAUUCUUCCUCAGCGGCGCGGCCAGUCCUUCGGGGUGAUGAGAUCGAUCAUAUGAGUACCGAAGAGCUGGCACAGACGAUUUCUGGUACAUCGAUUUUCGCAAGAACGAGUCCAGAUCAUAAGAUGAAGAUUGUGAAAGCUCUUCAAUCCCGUGGCGAUGUUGUUGCAAUGACUGGCGAUGGAGUUAAUGAUGCCCCGGCAUUGAAAAAGGCAGAUAUUGGUAUAUCUAUGGGUAAACUAGGCACCGAUGUAGCCAAAGAGGCAGCGGACAUGAUCUUGACGGAUGACGACUUUUCGACGAUUCUACGAGCAAUUGAGCAAGGAAAGGGAAUAUUUUAUAACAUUCAAAACUUCAUCACGUUCCAGUUAAGUACGAGCGUGGCUGCACUGAGCUUAGUCCUUCUUAGCACAGGACUUGGCUUCAAAAAUCCUCUAAAUGCCAUGCAAAUACUAUGGAUCACAUCGUUACUGACAAUAUGGCCAGAUAUUCUCAUGGACGGCCCGCCGGCUCAAUCCCUCGGAGUCGAGCCAGUUGACCCAUCAAUAAUGGUCCGACCUCCUCGUUCCAAGCAUGCCCGUGUUCUCACCAAACCCUUAAUCCGUCGUGUCUUAACCUCCGCGUGCUUCAUCAUGAUAGGCACUCUUUCCGUGUAUAUUCACCAGAUGGCCGAUCACACCGAUGAAGUUUCAGGAGCACAUUCCCGCGUAGUUACUCGCCGGGAUACCACCAUGACAUUUACCUGCUUCGUCCUCUUUGACAUGUUCAAUGCCCUCGCGUGCCGAUCCGAAUCCAAAUCAUUGCUACGUGGCGAGAUAGCUCUCACCGGCAAUAAAAUGUUCAACUAUGCCGUUCUAGGGUCUCUAUUUGGCCAAGCCUGUGUUAUAUACUUACCUAUUCUACAAGGGAUUUUCCAGACAGAAAGCUUGGGUUUUUGGGAUCUGGUUUGUUUAGUGUGUAUUUCUAGUUCUGUGUUUUGGGCUGAUGAAGUCAGGAAAUAUCUACUAUGGAAGAAAAAGAUAGGUGGCAUGGGAGUUCCAACUUCAUCGUCUGGGGGGAUGGUUGCUAGUGUUAUUGGGUACAGCGGAAAUGUGUAA